GAAUUAAACCAAAAAGAUUACUAUCAAAAGAAUUAAAAAAUGAGUUAAAAAGUCGAGGAGUUGAAUAUGAAAAUCAAAAUAAACGACAAAAAUUAAUAGGAAUGUUGGAAGAAGAAUUGGGACAUGAAACAUUAGUAAAUACAGAAGGUUCACAUCUGAGGAAUCCAAGCAUGUCUAAUGAGGAACAAGAAAUAAUACCAGUGGAGUUGAAAAUGGAAGAGGGAGAAAUUGAAAGUUCAGAUUUACCAAAAUUGUCAACUAUACAAGGAUGGAUAACCCGUUUUACAGCACAAUUACGUGAGAAAAGUGCUCAAGCAACAAUUGGUGUUGAAAGUCAAAAUGAUCAAUAUUCAGAUUUUGGCACUCAUUAA